GAACGGAUCAAUUGCGGGAGGAGAGAGACUGACACAGGGAGGAGAGAGACUGACACAGGGAGGAGAGAGACUGACACAGGGAGGAGGAAAUCGAGAGAUUCCCGGCUCCUGAUCCGCUCCAGGAUUUCCAAGGAGUUUGGAUUAUCGUGUGUUACCCUUUCCCUUUAGCUCAAAUCCACAGUUAUUACACUUUAGCCAAGGUUUGAUUUCCGUUACCUGGCGUGAAUCCAGCUGGGCGUAUAGAUCUGGUCGCAGCUCCGUGAAACAACAUGGAGAUUUGAAAUAGAGUCAUAAAGACCGGAAUUGGAUCGUGAAGCAUACAUCAGAAAGCAGUCUUGUAGGUGGUGGUGUCUGUCUAAAAUGAAGCACCCGAAGCUAUGGAGAUUGUUGUUUUUCAUGACGCUGUUGUACAAUCUUGGGAUGUCAAGCAGAUACGGUUGUGUGUUUGAGAGGAGGCUGUGCUCCAGGGAACAGUUCUGCUCUGACGAUGGUCUCUUUGGGCAGUGCCGUACCUCUAAGCAGGACCAGGUUCAGUACCAGGUGUCCGUUCCUGUUCUGAAGAGGAUGCAGGAGGUCCUCAAACAGCUCACACUGCAGGGUCUGUCCUGGCAAGAUGACAUCACCCAGUACAUUGUUACCAAAGAGCUGAGCAGAGUUCCUCACACCCCGAGACCCUCCAAGAUCGCUUCCUCACAACCCAAGCAGAGCUCCUCCAAUCAGCGAGGAUACCCCAGCAGCUCCUCCAAUCAGGGAGGAUACCCCAGCAGCUCCUCCAAUCAGGGAGGAUACCCCAGCAGCUCCUCCAAUCAGGGAGGAUAUCCCAGUCAGGCUGACAGCCACCAGGACUACAUGAUAGUAGACCAUCCCCAGUUCCCCCUCCGUAUGCAGACCUCUCCCAUGGACCCCUAUACUUAUCAACAGCACAGAUACCAGGAAGAUGUAGAGCGCUCCCUCCACCAGGGAGGUAGAGUCUACCCAGGGCCCCGCCCCUCCUCUAGAUCCCAACAGGCCAAACAGAGAGAGAGAGACCGUCAGCUGCUGCAGGACUUCAUCUCCCUCUAUCUGUCCUCUUCCCCUGCACAGCCGUCGUUCCGCCACAGGGGGGCAGCAGCACUUCCGGCCCCACCCUACUACGAGGACCUGGAACUGCCUCUGGACUAUGUGGAAGACUACAGUCUGACAGAGCAGGAUACGGCCAGGCAACAGCAGCAACAGAAGAAGAUACAGUUACAACAGCAGCAACAGAAGAAGGUUCCUCAGGACUACAGCUCUCUGGCUGGGCUGGAUGAGUCUAUCCUACAGCGUAUGGUGGAGACCCUGGAGAUGUACGGUGUUGAUCCUAGAGACCUGACCCCCCAGCAGCUCUACAGACUGGCUGUGGUGCUACAACUGAUGAAGGCAGAGGACCAGGAGAACGCAGAUCCAUUUACCAAUGAUCCGAUCACACCGAAGGAGAAACAGCAGAUGCUUAAAAGCAGUGACACCGUGUCCAACAAGGGAGAGAAUGCUCCCGUCCCUGUCCCCUCUCCCUCCUUUACCUCGGUAGCUGAUGUGGCCCCUACCCUGGCCCCUGCUGCCACUAGUCCCACCCUCAAAGCACCUAUAGGGGGCAGUGUGACGGCCAAGGGUCCCUCUGUCUCUGUGGAGGAUGUGAAAGGAAAGGUGAAAAGCUCCAGUGUCCCAGCAGGGCUACCAGCUGCUGAGAGGGGAACAGCCGCCAGGGAGGAGUAUGGAUACAUCGUCACCAACCAGAGUCCUCUCAGUCUGUAUGAUGGGGUGAAACUACUGGAACUACUGGCAGAGAGAAUUCACCUGACUACCAGCAGCUUCAUCAACAUCAGUGUUGUGGGUCCAGCCCUUACGUUCAGGAUCAGACAGAACCCUCAGAAUAUGAGUGCAGAGGACGUGGCUGAGAAGGCUGUGUCUGAGAAGACCUUUCUGGAGUCUGAGACAGGACUGAAGAUCCUGCAGACUGGUGUGGGAGAGAGGAGCGAGGGUCAUGGGCUGCCCCAUGCCACGCGGGUGAGGGAGGGCUCCAGUGGGCUGGUACUGACGCUGGUGUCCAUGGCGUGUGUGGGCGGGGUGGUGGUAGUAGCGCUGACCAUCGCCUGUCUCAGACACCACGCCCAGCAGCCGGCCUCAGGGAAACUGGGCCUCGGACCCGAGGGAGGACCGGAGACACACUUUGACUACCAGGAGCUCUGCAGGCAGCACAUGGCAGCCAAGACUUCGCUCAGUCGUCAGGAGGCGGUGGGUGUGGGAGCGGGGGGACGGAGGGGGACAGACACCUCCAGGGUGAGCAGUGUGUCGUCCCAAUUCAGUGACGGUCCACAACACAGCCCCUCCUCACACAGCAGUACGCCCUCCUGGAGCGAAGAGCCCGCCCAGUCCAAGAUGGACAUCUCUACUGGUCACAUGAUACUGGUCAGUGUCAGGGCCUAUAUGGAGGAUCAUCUGAAGAAUAAGGACCGUCUGAUGAAGGAGUGGAAGGCUCUAUGUUCCUACCAGGCUGAACCCAGUGCUGUCACUGUAGCGCAGAGUGAAGCCCACCUGGAGAAGAACCGCUGCCCUGAGUUUCUUCCCUAUGAUCACUCCCGUGUGAAACUGAAGGCAGACAGCAACUCCACUAAGGAAGACUACAUUAAUGCCAGUAUCAUAAUUGACCACGAUCCUCGACUGCCUGCUUACAUCGCCACCCAGGGACCACUAGAACACACCAUCGCUGACUUCUGGCAGAUGGUGUGGGAGAAUGGCUGCACAGUGAUCGUGAUGAUGACAGCUCUGGUUGAGGAUGGAGAGAUUCAGUGUGUUCGCUACUGGCCUGACGAGGGAUCCUCCCUCUACCACAUCUACGAGGUGAACUUGGUCUCUGAACACAUCUGGUGUAAGGACUUCCUGGUUCGUAGUUUCUACCUGAAGAACGUUCAGACCCAGGAGACUCGAACCCUGACACAGUUCCACCUGCUCAGCUGGCCCGCCAACGGAAUCCCUACCUCCACACGCCCUCUGCUGGACUUCCGCAGGAAGGUGAAUAGGUGUUACAGAGGUAGAUCCUGCCCCAUUAUCGUCCACUGCAGUGACGGCACUGGCAGAACUGGAACCUACAUCCUUAUUGACAUGGUCCUCAAUCGCAUGGCUAAGGGUGUGAAGGAGAUUGAUAUUGCUGCAACAUUGGAACAUAUUCGAGACCAGAGACCGAGCUUAGUUCACACCAAGGACCAGUUUGAGUUUGCCCUGACCGCCGUGGCAGAAGAGGUCAAUGCCAUCCUGAAAGCUCUGCCACAGUGAACCCUACUACAUCUACCACCUCUACCACUGGUGCCACCUGUGCCACAAACCAAGGAGGAACUACAUUUCCCAGAGUGCAUUACUAUUACUGAAGCCUGGUUUGUGUUGUCUCGCCAACUCCUAUAGUCAUUGUCACACCAAUACAGCAUUAACAGAUCUGGGACCAAGCUUCUGUUAUUAUGCUUUCAUAUCUAAAUUAAAUGUGGUUUCAAAGAAUCCUCUAGAUUAUUCCGAUCAGACAAGAAUACUUCAAAUGUACAGUAGGACUGUGACUUGAUACUGUAACUCUACUCCUUUCUCACUAAAGAUACUACAAUUACCAUAUGCUGUCAUGGAGAUGUUGUCAUGGAGAUGUUGUAUUACCAUGUUCCCUCCUGAUCUGUUGUCAUGGAGAUGUUGUAUUACCAUGUUCCCUCCUGAUCUGUUGUCAUGGAGAUGUUGUAUUACCAUGUUCCCUCCUGAUCUGUUGUCAUGGAGAUGUUGUAUUACCAUGUUCCCUCCUGAUCUGUUGUCAUGGAGAUGUUGUAAAACCAGUCAUUGUACCCUAGUAGGGAGUCAUCCAUUUGACAUAACAGCAUAUGAGGCCCAAGGCUCAUACACUUGUUUAAGCAAGAUGACAACAGAGCCUGACUAUGGCGAGGGUGAAGUGAGGGACAUACUAGUGUAUUAUAAGUUACACCAGUUUCUCUAAGGGGCUGGUGUAUACCUCUAACAUGAUUGUCUGUUAUUCAUCUGUAACUAAACCCUAGUGUAUAAUACGUCACACCAGUUUCUCUAAGGGGCUGGUUUAUACCUCUAACUUUAACUCUAACUCUAACUUUAACUAAUGAUUUAUUUCUAUUCAUUUUGUAAUGGAACUACUACCGUACACUGACUACCUAAUCACUCACAUCUGAAUCAUAUCAAUUAGUGUCUUCGGUGUUACUGUAAAACCUCUGUGAUUUAUUGUAAAUAAUUCACAUGAUUAUUUCUUAAAUGUGUAUUAAUGUAGCAAACAUAGAAAACAACUAUAAAAAUAUUUUUAACUAGAUGUAUGUAAUUAAAUCUCUAUUGUGAUGUGGUGCAACAGCA